CUAUUUCCUCCCCAUUCUAGUCUAGUCCUUCCAGUGUCCUGCGAUCUCAGCACUGCGACGGCACAUCAUAUUACCUACCUAGACAGGUACUAGGUCGGGUGCCGACCACGGGCUUAGAGCAAGAUGUCGGACUCUAGCACUGGCAACACUAGUUAUGGCCAGCGCAAUCAAGGCAUCACCCUGAUAGCUUUCGUCACUGCCCUGAAUGUCUCGUUGAUAGUUUUCGGCGUCCAGACAGGGUUAUUCUUAUUAUUAAGAAACAAAUUAUCUAGGAUAUUCAAGCCUAAAACAUAUCUCGUACCCGAACGCGAAAGAACUGAACCUCCUCCGAGCAGUCCAUGGGGCUUAGUUAUUAGUCUACUUCGGUUCCGGGAUCGCGAGAUUAUCAAGAAAUGCGGGUUGGAUGCCUACUUCUUCCUCCGUUACCUACAGACUUUACUCGUCAUCUUUAUACCUAUGGCCAUUAUCAUAAUCCCGAUAUUGGUCCCAGUCAACUACAUCGGUGGAAUCAGCCAGAACUUUUCGGCGAAUGAUACGAAUACCACUAGCACCCUCAACUCAACUGAUCCACAGGGUGUGGACUACACAGACCCAGAUUAUGUGAAGUCCAAUAUCACUGGCCUCGAUACCCUGGCUUGGGGUAAUGUGAGGAAGGAUCAGACUAAUAGGUAUUGGGCGCAUCUUGUUCUGGCUGUAAUGGUCAUCAUUUGGGUCUGUGGUGUCUUCUUUUUUGAGCUACGAGUUUAUAUCAAGGUGCGCCAGGACUGGUUGACCACCGCGGAACAUCGUCUGCGAGCCUCCGCGACGACUGUGCUCGUUAGCGGCAUUCCCGACAAAUGGCUUAGUGAAGAAGCCCUAAAGGGGCUUUUUGACGUGUUUCCAGGAGGGCUUCGAAACGUAUGGCUGACACGAGAUUUAACACAUCUCUUGGAGAAAAUAUCUAAACGUGACGAAAUUCAUAAACAGCUAGAAGAAGCCCAGACAGAACUCAUUAUCAUGGCCAAGAAGGAACAGCUAAAGAAACGAGAGAUUGAUGAAAAACAAGCGCGGAAGGCCUCUAGAUCCCAUCGCCCCACCAAGGUGGAGAGAUUAGAACGCCAAAAGAGGGAAGAUGACGCAGCAAAGUUGCAAGCUGAAGGGGGCCAAGGUGUAAGCAGCGGCGACCGACAUGAAGUACCACACGACGUAGAUGACGCCCAGGCCGAGGUUGUAGCCGAGACUCGACGCGAUAGUGACAGGCCAAACACGACGCAUGGCAAAUUCACAACCGGGUUGUCCAAAUUAACAGAAGGGCUUGGGAAGGGCGUCGAUGUGGGAAGGAAGACUAAGCAAGAGAUAUUCGGAGGAGCUAGAAACAUUACCCACGGUAUCGACAAUCGCAUAGAGACGACGAAUGGCUUCGUGGCAAUAGGGCAGCCACAGGCCCGAUCGCCUACUCCAACUAGUCGUGGUCAUGUUCAGCUGCCGAAUGAGAGCGACUUGCCUCGGCCCUCAACUCAGGGUUCGAGCCAGGGCCUAAGUGCCGAGGGGCGGGUAAUGGGGGUCCCCGUAUCCCACGCGCGCCAUUCCCAUGCCGGCUCCGGCGUUUCGCAAGACUCAAUGCUUAAGAAGGAGGGAUUCGAGUUACGGCCUCUUGGCAAUACAGUUCGAAGACCUACGAAUCUGGAUCAGAUAGACUAUAUCGAAGCGCCGCGAUGGUAUCAAUUCUGGAAGCCCCCAGAGGGUGGCUAUGCCUCACCCGUUCCACAGGGCUUCGAAGGCGACUCUUUCCCAUUCAAGAAGGAGAAGACGGCUUGGGAGACGAUCAAGUCAUGCAUUCCGUUUUUGGGUGGCGCAGAGCCGGAUCCAGUGGAAUACCCUAAGGCCUGGGAUGAGAAAUGGAAAGACGAUCGUGAAAGUGGAGCGGAAUGGGAGAAAUGGGUGAGGAAGUCGAGGCGACCAACUCAUCGCCUGGCGAUCUUUGAAUGGACACCAUCGUGGCUACCCGGACUUCCGCUUCUUAACAAGAAGGUUGAUACUAUUUACUGGUGCAGACAAGAAUUGGCACGGCUCAACGCGGAAAUUGAGACUGACCAGAAGAAUCCGGAGCGUUACCCACUCAUGAAGUCGGCAUUCAUCCAAUUCAACCAUCAAGUCGCUGCCCACAUGGCCUGUCAGAGUGUCACCCAUCACGUUCCUAGGCAUAUGGCCCCCCGUACCGUGGAAAUCUCCCCGGAUGAUGUGUUGUGGGAAAAUAUGGCGAUCAGUUGGUGGUCUGAGUGGCUUCGAACUGCUGCGGCCGUGGCUCUUGUGGCCGGCAUGAUAAUACUAUGGGCCUUCCCAGUUGCCUUCACGUCGUCGGUCUCUCAAGUUAGCACAUUGACAGAUAAUAUCCCUUGGCUGCUGUUCAUCGACCAAAACAAGACAAUCCACAACGUAGUGUCUGGUGUUGCCGGUGUUCUACCGACUAUCCUGCUUGCCCUGCUCCUGAUACUGGUUCCGAUCUUUAUGAGCAUCCUUGCUGGCUUUACGGGAGCCAAGACAGGGGCUCAGAGAACAGAAGUGGUCCAAAAAUACUAUUUCGCGUUUCUCUUCGUCCAAGUCUUUUUGGUUGUGUCCUUAGCUACGGGUGUGCUUCAGACUCUAGAAAGUCUCGCAAACAACCCAACCGGCAUUGCAGAUCUUCUGGCAGAGAAUUUACCCAAGGCAGCUAAUUACUUCUUCUCUUACAUGAUACUUCAAGCUCUCAGUGCGAGUUCAGGUACCUUGUUGCAAAUCGCAGCUCUUCUCAACUGGUAUAUCUUCGCGAAGAUCAUGAACAAGACGGCGCGAAAUAAAUGGUCCACUAACACAAGCCUACCCGAGGUGAACUGGGGAACUGCAUUUCCGGUCUAUACCAACUUUGCCUGUAUUGCGUUAAUUUACUCAGUCGUUGCUCCCAUCAUCUCGCUUUUCGCCAUCAUUACUUUCAGUCUCCUUUGGAUGGCGAACAGGUAUAGCAUGCUAUAUGUAAACCGCUUCACCAACGAUACUGGUGGUGUUCUUUACCCGCGAGCCAUCAACCAAACGUUCACGGGACUUUACGUGAUGGAACUCUGCCUCAUCGGCUUGUUUUUCCUUGUCCGGGACGAAAUGGGAGACGUAGCAUGUGCGCCACAAGCUAUUAUCAUGAUUGUCGCCAUCUUUCUCACGGGUAUAUAUCAAAUCUUACUCAACAGGUCCUUUGGGCCAUUAUUCCGAUAUUUGCCUAUCACUUUCGAAGAUGAGGCGGUUCUUCGAGACGAGGCAUUCCAGCGUGCCCAGGAUCGCCGUCUAGGUCUUAUUGAUGACGAUUACUAUCAACAUGACGCAUGCGAUAAAAAAGAAUCACCUAGUCAUCACGGUGAAAGCUCCCCCACAUCUACCGACGGUGCCGACGAAAAGACUGUGCGUAGUAACAGACUCACGAGUUUCAUGCCGGUCAAGGGUAUUGUGUACGCAGGCAACUGGGCGGCCCGGGGAGGCAAGAAUACUUAUGACCGUACGUUUGGCAAGGCGGAGAGGGGCCUCAAAAAUGUGGCCAAGUACCGCGAGGAUCGUCGAAAGAAGGACCUGGAAGCGCAGAGAGCUAUUGGCGAUGCCCUAUACGGGGGUUUCCACGACGAAAUCGAAGACCUUACGCCGGAAGAAAGAGAUGUGCUCGUUAGGCGUGCAUUUAUGCAUUCUGCCUUGCGUGCGAGACGACCAACGGUCUGGAUCCCCCGCGACGAUUUAGGGGUCAGUGACGAUGAAAUCAGACGAACAAACGAAUUCAGCGAACAUAUUUGGAUUUCCAACGAAGGCACGGCACUGGACAGCAAGGUGCGGGUGGUAUACGGCCGGGCACCUCCCGACUUCUCGGAGUUGGAUAUCAUCAAGCUUUAGGAGACGCGCGAAAGACAAUGUACAUUUAGAAGAAAUAUGAUGGAAUGACCAAGAUAGAUUCAUUGCAUAGCAUAGCAGGCGGGCAAAGCAUAGCCCACGUCACGUACUUACUUACCUACCU